UCGCAAUAGUACCCUUCACCACUCCACAUUUUAGUUCGUCAUUCAUUAACAAAUACAAAAAAAAACUUUAAAUAAGAAAACAAUGGUUACGGUAAGCCAAUAUAAAAAAAAUUCAAAAAGGAAAGAAAUCAAUAUUCAUAUAUAUGGAGGGAGGUGCCUGAAAAUGAUGCAUGCAACCAAGCAUCUUUUCCAUCGGCCCUUCUCUACUUCCUCGCCUUUAGAUGGAGGUUGUUCACCCCCACUUCCAACUUCUCCACAGUAGCAACACCUUGAUUUUUCAUGUCGACAUUGAUAGAGACUGUGCAGUUGAUCCAUGGAU